UAUCAGUAUAGUGUGUGUAUAGUGCUAAUAAUAAACUGCCGAAAAUUAUUAAGAGGUGAAACAGAAGGAAACAUAACCUUUCAUGUCAUCUGUGGUAUCGGUCAGACACUCACACAAACAUUUUUCAAUAAAAUUGAAUUAAAAUGAUUGCGCCAAUCACUUUCGUUACGGGCAAUGGCAAGAAAUUGGAAGAGGUGAUUUCGAUUCUGGGUCCAUCGUUUAACCGCCAAAUCGUUUCGAAAAAACUCGACUUACCGGAACUCCAGGGUGAAGUCGACGAAAUUUGCAUAAAAAAGUGCCAAGAAGCCGCCACACAGGUGCAAGGACCGGUUAUAGUAGAAGACGUUUGCCUUUGCUUCAAAGCACUAAAGGGAUUACCAGGUCCAUACAUUAAAUGGUUUGUGCAAAGGCUCGGUCCGGAAGGUUUGUAUACACUGUUGGAAGGUUGGGAUGACAAAUCGGCUCAAGCCAUAUGUACGUUUGCUUAUGCACCAUGUGCUGAUGGUGAGGUGAUACUGUUCCAAGGCAUUACGGAAGGUCAUAUCGUUUACCCGAGAGGUCCAAGAGAUUUCGGAUGGUGUCCAUGUUUUCAGCCGGUCGGCUACGACAAGACAUAUGCCGAACUGCCACCAUCAGAGAAAAACGCUAUUUCGCAUAGAUUCAAAGCGGUCAAUAAGAUGAGAGAGUUCUUUAAAUCGGAAUCAUAGCCAGAGCUAUAACAAUAAGCGAUUAAACAGAAGCGUUUUCAUCUCA